GGUAUUAGUUUAUUGCUUGCUUUGCUCUGCCUUUUUUAUAAUAGCUAGCAGUCAAUUCAAGUAUGAAGUCUUUGCUACUUCCAUUACUUUGUCUCUUAGUUCCUGCUUUAGUGAAAGCUACUUGUGGGAGAAGACCUGCAGGAACUCGCAUAGUAGGUGGCGAAGUUGCUGUACCCAACUCAUGGCCAUGGCAACUGUCGUUAAGGCGCUAUGCGAGUCAUGUAUGUGGUGCUUCACUUAUUUCACCUGAAUGGGCAGUCACCGCUGGACACUGUGUAAGCAGGACCCAAGACCCAAAGCAAUACUCCAUCAUUGCAGGAGCUCAUCACCGAGAAACAAGUGGAAAAAUCUACCGAAUUUCCAAGAUUAUCCUUCACGAAGACUACUCUCAUGUACAGAAUGAUGUGGCUCUUUUAAGGCUUGCUGUGAAAGCGACAUUGGAUGACAAAGUGGGAACAAUUUGUCUGCCAAAGCAAGGUGAUAGAAUUCCAAAUGGAAAAAAUUGCUUCAUGACAGGUUGGGGCCGUUUCUCUGGCAGUCACCCUGCUGGAUCUAAACUCCUCAAACAAACCAACGCCCCAAUAGCUGAUUACCAAACGUGCAGGAAAGUCAAUGGCGGGUCGGUGACGGACAAAACCAUGGUGUGUGCAGGAGGAAAAGGCAGUAGUGUUUGCAUGGGAGACAGUGGAGGACCACUGUCCUGUGAAGAAAAUGGAAGAUGGGUGCUACGUGGGGCAGCAUCCUGGGUGACUGACGUCCAAUGCCCUGUCAAUACAUACUCAGUCUAUGCCCGUAUAAGUAAUUUCGUGGAUUGGAUCAAUAACAAAAUAGCAGGUGAAGGCGGAAGUGGUAGUGGCGGCAAUGGUGGCAACGGUGGAAAUACGUGUCAAGAUAACAAUGAAAACUGCAAGCUGUUUUCUUUCCAAUGCAAAUUCAAUCCAAGGAUUAAACGAAUCUGCCCCAAAACCUGCAAACUCUGCAAAUCAACUUGAGCUGAAGAAAUGAAAAGCCGGACUCUUCGUUGAAGCCAAAUAAAGAAACCAUAAUCAUU